CCACCUCCAAAUCCCCCCAAAAUGCCAAUAUUGUAUGCACUGAAAUAUGGAAAAUAGGUAAUGCAUAUACAAAAGCAAUUUCAAGGGCAACUCUAGGAAGUUCAGCCGUGAAAGUUCUGGCACUCGGUCAACCGGUGAAACUAAACAAUGGAGAGGUCAACUGAGCCCCCCAUUCACUUGCCAUCCAUCAACUUCGACAUCACUUUAGAUUACAAUGAUUUGAUGAUAUCAUUACGUCUGUGAAAGCCGAUUUGGACCCAUACAAAAGAGCUUUAUCGUCUUUUUAGCCCUACCUCAAAACAACAACGCUCCGGGGCCAGAAUAUAGGCUUACCUUUUGUACGCUAUACAUUUCAGUUACAGCCUCCAUUCAGUUACAAAUCUACAAAUCUGAAUGCUGCUGUAGCAGUUAUUAGCCUAUAUACCAGUUUUCAAAUGUGCACAUACUUUUCAUUUAGCGUAAGUGUAUUUCAUACAGACUAUUUUAGAUUAAAUAAAGUUGUCGUCGCCAUAAUCGGUCUUCAAAUUGACACAGAUCUUACAAACAGUUUAAAUAUAAAUGUAUAAUAAAAAUAUAAUAAAUUCAAGUGAAGGCUAAACCUUAAAUCCCUCUCUUUCUCGGCUGGCACUGUGACAUGUUUCUGAGACCGAGCUCACACUCUCUCUCCCUCUCUCUCUCUCUCUCUCUCUAUCCCUCUUCCUUUCUCUCUCUCUCCCUCCCUCUCUCUCUCUCUCACACACAAACACUCCUCCUCAAAGCGGGAUAGCGGUAACUCUCGAGAAGUCAUUGGCUGAGUCAAAGGGGUUGAAUACGAUUAUAAUCAAGUUCCGCAGUUUAAUGCGCGUGCAGCCCGGCGUCUGGGAUCACAGGCUCCCAGUGUGUGGCACCCUUUCGCCGUUAAGGCACGUGCAAAUUACCAAGGGAAAUAUAGAUUCGGUCAUCCGUCCCGUCGGUUAUGUUUUGUCACCAAGUGGAAUUUAGUCUGCAGGUGCAUCGCCAGCGGUGGCAGUAGCAAUGUCGCCGACGUCGAGCGAUUACGUGAGACUGAGCAGCCUGCUUCUCGUCUGGACAGCGACUUGUGCAGCGGAUUUGUGCAACUGGCGAGGAAGUGGGCUCGUGCGGGAGCCCCACUCGCGGACAGUGCAACAGGUACGGCUCCGUUGCACCGAGGGUGCCGUGGAAUGGGUCUACCCAAGCCAGGCGUUGCGGGUCGUCCUGGAGCCCAACCUGUCCUCCACGCGACACACAACCAUCUGCAUCAAGCCGUUCCGCAGCUUCCGCGGCGCCAGUGUGUACAUCGAGCGCGCGGGAGAGCUCAACUUGUUGAUGACGGAGGGCGGGCGGCCCGAGCAGGUGCACUGCUUUCGCACCGAGGGGCGGCAGACGCCGGCCAUAUUCCUCCAGGCCAGCCCCCAAAGGGACAUCAGCCGGCGCACAGUGGGCUUCCGCUACGAGCUGCUGGGAAACCAGAGCACGUCGCCUGACUUUCGCGACACCGUUCUACAUGGUAAGAUACCAAGGCAGAUUCGCGCGCCGAUUCCAGUGGUUCGAGGCUUCAUCAGGAACGUGUCCCACGAUUCCGAGCGGCAGACGUCGCUGGUGUACGUUUCCGCGGGGAGGGUGUACCGGCAGCGCAGCGGGGUGUUCGAGCGUGGGGCGGGGGCCGCGGGGGCCUGGCGGGGGCCCAUCCGGACGCUGCUGCAGUGCCAGGCCAGGGCGGGGCCCGGCGACUUCCUGUUCACGGGCACGGAGCAUUUCGGCGAAGCCUGGCUGGGGUGCGCCCCGCGGUACAAGGACUUCCUGUCCGUGUACCGAGCGGCCCGGCGGGACCGGCGCAACCCCUGCGAGUUCCCCCUGGACUGAGCCGGGCCCCCCGCCCCGCCCCGCCCCGUCGCCAACGGCAACGCCGCCCCGCGUCCCCAUGGCAACGUCUCGUCCUCGUCCGCCGUGACAGGCGCUGCUGCUGACGCAUGUGGCCGGUGGCUUCGUACGCUGCAGAGCCGGGAGAGGCCCCGCCUACUUCUUAAGCUCCUCCCACUGCAACCCAGAGAGCUGGAAGAGCUCCUGGCGCUACCAAAGCUGCUGCAUUCUGGGCCAGCUGUGAAGGUGCGGACCUUCAGCACAGCCUGCAGGUGGCGCUGCUGCGCGGGGGGGACUAGUUUACACUGUCAGGUGUUUCAGGGAAGAUACAGGACUCACUGGAAAGACAUGGUUGUAGGGCGUUUUUAAAAUAUAUAAUUUUACGUAUUCUGUCCUGAAUGUUCCGAAUUCUUAAGCUUGCGACUAAGAUCUUUCUGAGAUAAAUUCUUUAGUCAAAAAACAAGAUUAAGUAAAGCCCCUUUUUAUUUCUCUUUCACAUUUGUGUGGAUAUUAAAUAUGUUGUAAAAAGCCCAAAAACAAAGAAUUUUUGAAGUGAAGUUUUUUUCAAAUGAAUUGCUUAAAUUUGAAAAAACAUACAGAGGGUAUAUGGAAUAGACACCUACAUUUUUUAGGCUUAGAUGUGUUUUUAAUUUUUUUAACCAUAGACAAGAAACAAAAUGAAAAGACUAAAUGUAUAAGUGUCAAUGGGCCUCAUUCACAAAACUUUUAUCCAAUUAUUCUUACUUUUGUUCUUAAAACUGUUCAAUCGAAAAACCAAUAUGGGAUUCAUGACGCAUGUGCAGACCUUUGUUUUUGUGCGUAUCCCAGGAGUAUGAGAUGAUGAAUGCUGCCUGUUUGUAAGUUUUAUGUGCAAUCCUUAUUCUAAUGAACAGGAUUGCACAUAAAACUUACAAAUAGCCAGCAUUUAUCAAGAAGAAAUACAGGAUAGAAAAAAAUUAUGAAUGCCAAAAUGUUCUUGGAAACGUUCUUACACAGUUUACGAUCACGUCAUCAUACAUGUUUUAUGAAUCAGGCCCAAUGUUUUCCAUUGCAUAUGUUGUACAGAGCAUGGCCAAAUUAAAUUUUUUAGUGAAUUUAUAUUAAACAUUUUGGUUAAAUACAGGGUAUGCAUGAUAGCACAAUGAAAAGUUGUAAUUUUCAUCCAGCUCAGAAAUGCUUGAGGAACAUGCAGCACUUUUUAAAUUUCUUUUGUAUCUGUCAUCCUUCUGUUCACAUAAAUUAAAUAAUGGGUGA